GAAGCACAGUUACAUUUAGUUUUUUCUUCGAUGAAUCUGUUUGAUCUUGCCUCCCUUUCUAGAAUUUCCAGGCUGUCUCGGCAGCUUCUGAAACCAAGGACGCCUCCAUCAUUACGAUUCAUGAGAAUCUCAGUUUAGAGGCUCUUGGUGAAGCUGUAUCUAAACUCAAAGAGCAAGUGGUGGCUAUCUUUCGGGGGGAGCUCAUGAAAAUAUCUGAAUUCGUGAACAAAGUCAGCGUUUACAGUAUACAUCCUCCAGAGCCAAGGAGCAGAGAGGACUUUUUGAAAUAUUCCGUUCAGAUCACUCUGGACUCCGUCACAGCACACAAUAUGCUUCUGCUGUCAGAGGAGGACAGAAAGGUGACAUGCGGGGAUGGACCUCAGUCUUAUCCAGAUCACCCUAAGAGAUUUGAUAAGUGGUGUCAAGUGCUCUGCAAAGAGGCUUUGUUUGGGACUCGCUGUUACUGGGAAAUCGACUGGAGUGGGAAAAGGUUUUCUUUAGGAUUUGGGUAUAAAGGAAUCGGCAGGAAAGGAAGUUUAAAUUCCAGCUGUCUGGGAAAAAAUGACAAGUCCUGGAGUUUGUACUGGGAGUCAUCAAAAUUCUCAGCCUGGCACAAUAAUGUAGAAACUGCAUUAACUGCACCCCGCUCCAACAGGAUAGGGGUGUACCUGGACUUUAAUUCUGGAAUUGUAUCAUUUUAUGAUGUUUCUGGCACUAUGACUCUGAUACACAGAUUCGAUACCAAAUUCACUGAGCCUCUUCACCCUGCUUUUCGGCUACUAAACUACAAGAGCAAAGAAGGAGGAGGAGGAGGAGAAGGUUCUUCUUGUUAUGGAGGGUUUGACCUGUACUUCAUCCUCGACAAAUCAGGAAGUGUUCUGGACCACUGGAACGAGAUCUUUUUCUUUGUACAACAUCUGGCUCACAAGUUCAUAAGCCCCCAGCUCCGCAUGUCCUUCAUCGUGUUCUCCACAGAGGGUCGGAUCCUCAUGAAGCUCACGGAAGACAGAGAGCAGAUCAGACAAGGACUGGCGGAGCUUCAGAAAGUGAUUCCCGGAGGAGACACCUACAUGCACGAAGGAAUCCAAAGGGCCAGUGAACAGAUUUACUAUGAGAACACGGAAGGUUACCGGACAGCCAGCGUCAUCAUUGCCCUGACGGACGGGGAGCUGCAUGAGAAUCUGUUCUACUACGCCGAGCGAGAGGCUAACAGAUCCCGCAGUCUGGGGGCCACAGUGUACUGUGUAGGGGUGAAGGAUUUUAAUGAAACUCAGCUGGCUAAGAUUGCAGACAGUAAGGACCAUGUGUUUCCGGUGAAUGACGGCUUUGAAGCUCUGCAGGGAGUCAUUGAUUCGAUCCUGAAGAAGUCGUGUAUUGAGAUCCUGGCUGUAGAACCCUCCAGCAUCUGUGCAGGAGAAUCCUUUCAGGUGGUGGUACAUGGGAACGGUUUCCUCCACACGCGCAACGUCGACAAGGUCCUGUGCAGCUUCCGAAUCAACGACAGCAUCACACUCAUGGAGAAGCCCCUGGUUGUGGAGAACACCUACCUGCUCUGCCCCGCCCCCAUCCUGGAAGAAGUGGGAACGGAGGCUUCGCUGCAGGUCAGCAUGAACGAUGGCUUGAGCUUCAUCUCCAGCUCCGUGACCAUCACCACUGUGCGUUGCUCUGAUGGGACGAUCCUGGCCAUCGCCCUGCUCAUUCUGCUCCUCCUGCUGGCCCUGGCUCUGCUCUGGUGGUUCUGGCCUCUCUGCUGCACUGUGGUUAUAAAGGAGCCGCCACCCCCUCCUUCAGACGACAGUGAGGAUGAGGAGGAGGACGGGACUCCCAAGAAGAAGUGGCCAACGGUGGAUGCUUCGUAUUACGGGGGCCGUGGCGUGGGGGGCAUCAAGAGAAUGGAGGUGAGGGAGGCAGGAGCUUUAUUGGUAGUUGUUGAAAUUUUCUAGUCCUAUUAGUGACGUUUCUAAAACAACAUAAAGAAACUGGGGUGUCACGUGUUUUUUUAGUUUUUUUCAUCUUAUAACUACCUUUAUAAAUAAUCUGCACGUACACAUAUACAUAUAUAUAUGAAUCUGGGGGAAAAAAAAUAC